GACCACCUCAAUCCCUUACCGCUCUGAACUAGAUUUCAACAUCGCGAUCGCGCAAUGAAACUUCCGACUUGCAACACAUCGGUGACGCCGUCGACGGUUACCGUUCUUGGUUUGGGGAGCUUGCUCAGCGAGCGAUCGUCCCGCACCACCUUUCCUGAUCUGACGAAUUUCCGUCUCGGUCGGAUUUCAAAUCAAUACCGCCGGGUCUUUGGUCACCCGGCAUCAAUUUUUUUCCAGCGCGGACUCGCCAACGUGGAAACCAAGGAAUUUUCGUCCCUCUCGGCCGAAGAAAUCGAAUAUUGCGGAAGCAACAGAAACGACGGGGAGAACCUCGGGGGGUUCAUUUGCUCCGUCUUUGAGGUUCCGCGGGAUCAAGUUUAUUUCGACGAAACGGAUAACGACGGAAGGAUCGUGGCAACGAAACCAACCGGGGCCUUUUUGGAGCGGGAAGAGGAAUUCGACAUUGUGGAGGUUCCAUUUUUGGAUUUCUCGGAAUCAAACAGCGAUCCAGACAAGACGGCCGAACGAGCAACGAAACUGGGAACGCUGUGCACGCGCUUCACCGACCAGGGCUACGUCGAGCGAUGGGGGAAACAGCGUUUCGACGAAAAUUACGGCAGGUUCGGGAUCGACACCAUAUGGGGGUGGGAAGCCGAUUCGGGAUUGCUCCCCUGCCGGGUCUAUCUUCGGCAUUGCUACCUAGCUGCCAAAUCGAUGGGUUCCGAGUGCCUGGAUUCCUUCUUGGAUGAAACUGUGCUGGUCGACCGAAGGACCACUAUACGGCAAUACCUGGAGGAACAAGAGCCCGAUCUGAUCGAAACCACGAUUCCACCCCCGGGGUUCGAACAGCGGUAUUCUGGUUGACGCAUUUCGUGAUUUACACUCGCCACAAUCCCAACGCGUACUUGACACGUGACAGAUAGAAUACUGACGAUCAUAUGCAAAAAUCUAGUUGAACUUGUAGAGCCCGAAAGUAAUUCAACGAAUGAAGACAGUAUGCAAGA